AACAGAUACAUGAUUGCUCUGACAAUAUACUGAGAAAACAAUAUUUACAUAAGAGGACGGAUGAAAUAUGUCCCAGUCAAAUCGUUUCAGCUGUAACAGACAAUCAAGUCAGAAAAUAAAGAAAGUUUUGUAAGGAGAGCAGCAGAUUUGACCAAGAAACACUGAACAGACUGGAUCAGAAUGGAUGAGAUAACAGAAGUAUCCCACUGUCAUGAACAAGGCAUUUGUCUUUCUGACUGUCCUAACCUGAGAAUUGUCCUGGUUGGAGUGACAGAAUCUGGGAAAAGUGCUGUUGGUAAUGCCAUUUUGGGCAAGAAAGCUUUUGACGAGGUUGGGAUAAAGACCCGAAUGAGUUUCCCAUGUCAGGGUCUUGUGAGAGGACAGCAGGUGCUGGUGGUUGACACCCCAGGUUGGGAAUGGUUCAACAUCAAUGGCUCCUCUGCAUCAGUAUGGUCAGUGAAGAAGGAGAUAAUGAGAAGUAUGAGUCUGUGCCAGCCUGGUGCCCAUGCCCUGCUGCUGGUGGUGCCACUGUCAUUCUCGUUCUCCCAGCGUGAGCAUCGUGCCGUGGAGGAACAUGUAGAGCUUUUUGGUCCAGAAGCCUGGAGUUAUAGCUUGGUGCUCUUCACCAUCUUAAACAGAAAGCAGUUACGUGGAUCCACCUUAAAGCAAGAAGUGGAGUUGAAUAUGGAGCUACACAGUCUAGUUGAGAAAUGUGGAGGCCGUUUCCAUGCUCUGUACAGAAAUCCCAAAGCAGGCCAGGACCAGGUGGCCGGUCUUCUGGCUAAGAUCAAGAAAAUGAUGGCUACCAAUGGAGAGACUAUGCUCUCCAGUGAGGUGGUGUUGGAACAGGCCAGAGAAACAGAGAAAGAAGAGUUGAGAAGAUUGGAGGAGGAGCAAAAGAGAGAUGAGAAAAUGCAAAAAGUGAGAGAGGCAAUGAAGGCAAAGCAGUUAAGAAGGUCAAGAAGGAGAAUGGACCAACAGACGUUGGACGAAGAGGAACAGAAAUACUCAGCUAGGUACAAUAACAGCAUUGACCAGCCUCUCAGUGGCAGAAGUAGCGUUCGUCAGAGCUGCAAACAACAGUGAACGAUGGGAAGCAGUCACUAAAAACAUCCACCACUGCAGCUUCCGCAACUCACCACCAGAGGCCAUCAUAACUUCACAUCUGUACCUGAUCCAGUCACCAGUGUUCAUCUGUGAUUUAUCAAAGCAAUUUACAAAUGAGGAACAUGAACUUAACAGCACUUUUUAAACUUGAUUGAUUGUUAAUGAUUUAUAUGACCAAAGCUCGGUCAUAAUAUAUUGUUGCAAUG